UUUCAGUUUUUCAGUCCAACGUGCGAGUUCGAAGCGACAAGCGGUCCACUUCGCCUUUUUGGGGGCCAGGAUUUUUGAAAGUGACUAGUGACUAGUGGCAAAAUAUGUGCGGUUAGCCACGACAGUUUGCAGUGUCUCGACAGCUCCAACAUACCUAAAAAGCAAUCCAAUCGCAUCGAAUCGAGUCCAGAUCAAUCUAAUAGCGACUGCCCGCUCAAGGAGAAUCGAUUUUGUAGCUUGUGGAUACGCGGCGCGGAGUCGAGCUGUAAAAAUGUUUCCACCGCGGUUGCUGCGAAUCGCAUUUGUGAUAUGCCUGCUGAUUGUCUUGCUCUCGCCCUCCGCAGACAGUGCACAGACCAAGACACGUCGACGUCUGCGGCGUCCCACAACAUCGGUCAGCUCCUCGAGAAGCAACCUCAUCGAAACCAAGAAGUCCACUGAGGCUCCAGAGGCCGAGAAGCGCAUUGACCUGAUCACCUCCGCCACCACCACCAGUGCUCGUCGUACACGCCUUCGUUCCAAGGCGAAAUUGGGAGCAGCUGCCGCUGGAGGAGCAGCCGUAGCAGCUGGAGCAACAGCUCUGGUGGCCAGUGGAUCUUCAUUGAAGGGCAAGAAGACAAAGGUGGACGAUGGAACGCCGAAGAUCGUGUGCUACUACACCAACUGGUCACAGUACCGUGUCAAGAUUGGCAAGUUCGUGCCGGAGGACAUUCCAGCCGAUCUCUGCACCCACAUUAUCUUCGCUUUUGGAUGGCUGAAGAAGAACAAGCUGAGUUCUUAUGAGUCCAACGAUGAGACCAAGGAUAAUGUCCCCGGACUGUACGAACGUAUGAUGAGCCUUAAGAAGGCCAAUCCCAAACUUAAGAUUCUUCUUGCUCUCGGAGGUUGGUCCUUUGGCACCCAGAAAUUCAAGGACAUGUCCUCCACGCGAUACACCCGCCAGACCUUUGUCUACUCGGCCAUUCCUUUCCUGCGCAAGCGCGGCUUCGAUGGUCUGGAUAUGGAUUGGGAAUACCCCAAGGGUUCCGAUGACAAGAAGAACUUCGUUUUGCUGCUGAAGGAACUGCGCGAAGCCUUCGAAGCUGAGGCCCAGGAACUGAAGAAGCCACGUCUCCUGCUUUCCGCCGCCGUGCCCGUCGGUCCCGACAAUAUCCGUGGUGGAUACGAUGUGCCUGCCAUCGCCAGUUAUCUGGAUUUCAUCAACCUGAUGGCCUACGAUUUCCACGGAAAGUGGGAACGUGAGACUGGACACAAUGCCCCACUUUAUGCUCCCUCCACCGAUUCCGAGUGGCGCAAACAGCUGUCCGUCGACAAUGCUGCCAGUUUGUGGGUUAAGAUGGGCGCUCCCAAGGAGAAGCUGGUCAUUGGAAUGCCGACCUAUGGACGCUCCUUCACUUUGGCUAAUCCCGAUAAGCAUGGUCCCAAUGCCCCCGCAUCGGGUGGUGGACGCGAAGGUGUCUAUACCAAGGAAGGUGGUUUCCUGGCCUACUACGAGAUCUGCGAAAUGCUGCAGAAUGGCGCUGUUUAUGUCUGGGAUGACGAGAUGAAGGUUCCCUAUCUGGUUGAUGGAGAUCAGUGGGUUGGUUUCGAUGAUGAGCGCGCCAUUAGGAACAAGAUGCACUGGAUCAAGUCAAAUGGCUUUGGAGGUGCCAUGGUCUGGACCAUUGACAUGGACGACUUCAAGGGAGAGGUGUGCGGUGGCAAUGUCAAGUAUCCACUGAUUGGCGCCAUGCGGGAGGAACUCCUGGGCAUUUCACGUGGAAAGGAGGCCAAGGAUGUUAACUGGACCGCCGUUGCUGCCACAUUUGAGGAUAUCGAAGAGAAACCGGAACCCAUCAAAAUUUCGGUGGAUGAGAUUCUCAACAAGGUGCGCAAACCACAGGCCCAGAAGAAGCAGCGCAUCAAGUCUGGAGCAAAUGCUGUCGCCUCAAACACUCGUCCUGCCCAGGUGUUCUGUUACCUGACCAGCUGGUCGGCCAAGCGCCCUGGAGCUGGUAAAUUCCAGCCGGAGAACAUCGAUCCCAAGCUGUGCACCCACAUCGUGUACGCCUUCGCCACUCUUCAGGACUACAAGCUGACAGAGGCCACCGAUGAUGAUCCCGAGAAUUACGAGAGUGUGAUUGCACUGCGUGACAAUAAUCCCGAUCUACAGAUCCUUCUGGCCAUCGGAGGAUGGGCCUUUGGUUCCACUCCCUUCAAGGAGCUCACUUCGAAUGUGUUCCGCAUGAAUCAGUUUGUUUACGAGGCCAUCGACUUUUUGCGCGACUAUAAGUUCAAUGGCUUGGACGUGGACUGGGAGUAUCCCCGUGGUGCCGAGGAUCGUGUUGCCUACGUUAGUCUGCUAAAGGAACUGCGUGUGGCUUUUGAGGGUGAGGCCAAGUCCUCUGGACUGCCACGCCUACUGCUCACGGCCGCUGUACCCGCCUCCUUUGAGGCCAUCGCCGCUGGCUACGAUGUUCCCGAGAUCUCCAAGUACCUGGACUUCAUCAACGUCAUGACCUACGACUUCCACGGACAAUGGGAACGCACUGUGGGCCAUAAUUCGCCUCUGUUUGCUUUGGAAUCGGCCACCGGGUACCAGAAGAAACUGACCGUUGAUUACAGCGCGCGUGAGUGGGUGAAACAGGGCGCUCCCAAGGAGAAGCUGCUCAUCGGCAUGCCCAUCUAUGGACGCAGUUUCGAGCUUGUCAAUGACACCCAAUUCGACAUUGGAUCCCCCUCGUCCGGCGGUGGCAAGGCGGGCAAGUUCACCAACGAGGCCGGCUUCCUCAGCUACUACGAGGUCUGCUCCUUCCUGGCGGCAGACAACACCACCCUUGUUUGGGACUCGGAGCAGCAGGUGCCCUUCGCUUACCGCGGCAACCAGUGGGUGGGCUUCGACGAUGAGCGUUCUCUCAAGACCAAGACGGAAUGGCUAAAGGAGCAGGGCUUCGGAGGCAUCAUGGUGUGGUCCAUCGACAUGGACGACUUCUCCGGUCGCUGCGGCAGUGGUAAGUACCCGCUUCUGACUGCCUUGAACGACGAGCUGAAGGACUACAAGGUGGAGCUGGAAUACGAUGGUCCCUAUGAAUCCCAUGGCCCACGAGGAGCCUACACCACCAAAGAUCCUCAUGACGUGACCUGCGCCGAAGAGGACGGACACAUCAGCUACCACAAGGAUUGGGCCGACUGCACCCACUACUACAUGUGCGAGGGCGAGCGGAAGCACCACAUGCCCUGUCCCGCCAACCUGGUCUUCAAUCCCCAGGAGAACGUCUGCGACUGGCCCGAGAACGUCGAGGGAUGCCACACGCCCACGGAGGCGCCAGCCUAAGACCAUCCAUCUGCGGAUGGACUUGUUAAUAUUAUGGAAUCGAUGCCCUAGAUUUAGUUGUAAUGCGAAACUGCCACGAAACUCUUUUGCUGCCGCCGUCCCCAUUCCCCAACUAACUACGAAAAAUACUCGACAACUUGCUAAAUUUCGGCUGAAUUUUUUUACACUAAAUAUAGGUCUAGCUAGCUCUGUAAGUAGUUUUUAUGUCUUAGUUACCAAUUCGCACCCACAACAAAGAUGAGAAUGAUGAACCCAAAAA